AACCUUCAAAUUCUGUAACUUGGCAAAAACAGAGGUUCAAACAGCAGAAGCACGACGAUGGGCACACCAAUGGCGUUUAUUCAGCACGUGUGCUCAGCCUCCUUUGCACGUGCGGUCCGUACUCGCUCCGUAGCAGCCAAUACCAUCAUUCCCUCGCACAAGCGCAGAAACCUCUCCACCACACUUACUACGACACCCUCACGUGCCCAGAACGCCGACUCACGUGUUCUCCUCGGCUUGUCCGAAACCGAGCUCCAACAGCUCGCCGUCGACUUGGGUCAGCAAAGUUAUAGAGGGAAGCAACUGCAUCAUUUUAUUUACCAAAGAAAGGUCAGGAAUGUCGAAGAUUUUAGUCAGUUGCCCAAGGCUUUCAGGAAUGAGCUUCGGGACGCUGGAUGGGGAGUGGGACGGUCACCCAUUUACCAAAGUGUCACCGCCCCAGAUGGAACUAUAAAGCUAUUGAUAAAGUUGGAUGAUAACAGGUUGAUUGAAACCGUUGGCAUACCAGUUAAAGAUGACAAAGGUUCAAUGCGUCUCACGGCUUGUGUUUCAUCACAGGUAGGCUGUCCUUUGCGCUGCUCAUUUUGUGCAACUGGGAAAGGGGGUUUCUCAAGGAAUCUUCAAGCGCAUGAAAUUGUGGAACAGGUAUUGGCUAUUGAGGAAACCUUCAAGCAUCGGGUGACAAAUGUAGUUUUUAUGGGAAUGGGUGAGCCAAUGCUGAAUAUGAAAGCAGUACUUGAAGCCCACCGUUGCCUGAAUAAGGAUGUACAAAUUGGUCAAAGAAUGAUCACAAUUUCCACUGUGGGGGUUCCGAACACAAUUAAAAGGCUGGCUUCUCACAAACUUCAGUCCACAUUAGCUAUCAGCCUGCAUGCUCCUAACCAGAAACUUAGAGAGGCAAUUGUGCCGAGUGCAAAAGCCUACCCUUUGGACGCAAUCAUGAAGGAUUGCAAGAACUACUUCCUUGAAACCAGUCGAAGGGUCUCUUUCGAGUAUGCACUGUUAGCUGGGGUCAAUGAUGCAGUAGAGCAUGCGACAGAACUUGCAGAGCUACUUCAUCAGUGGGGACGUGGUUAUCAUGUGAAUCUGAUACCUUUCAAUCCUAUAGAAGGAUCUGAGUAUAAGCGUCCAAGCAAAAAAGUGGCAUUGGCAUUUGCGGCCACUCUGGAGUCCCGUAAAAUAACUGUCAGCAUACGCCAAACAAGGGGCUUAGAGGCGAAUGCAGCUUGCGGGCAGCUGAGAAACAAGUUUCAGAAGAGUCCUUUGGUCCUCGACUCGGACAAUGAACAGUCUCAAUCAGAUGUUGCAGUUGCUUGCUGAUAAUUAAAGUUUCUGAGCUUUUUCUCGUCCACAUACUUGUGGCUCUAUGCCAUACAGUUCUUCUUUCCUCUUCACUCAUGAAUCUUGAAGAAAGUGGUGCACAAGAUUAGGCUGCUUGGUACUCUCGUCACUCACGGGGAGAUGUGAACUCCGAUGUUUAGCUGCCUCUUAAUACACAACUUUAAGGGAUAUCUGAGAAUGGAAGUGCCGCGUUGCCGAUUCUAACCAAUACAGUUUGCUAAUGCUGUCGUUUGCUUGCAGAAGCAUGACAGAGCUAGUUAGCCAGUCAGUUUUCUUGUAAGGAGAGAGCUAGUUAGUCAGUCAGUUUUCUUGUAAGGUUAAUUUCGUACUUAAAUGAAUAUGUAAUAAUUGUGUAUAAUGGUCGUAAGAAGGGAAAAGGUUUUCUUUUUAUUAUUCACUCAUCAUAUAGUUUUAUUCAAGGUUUAUGCA